AUGCAUUGUGCGGAGGAUGAUCUUCAAUACUUUUCUGCUGGCAUUGAUUCACUCGAAGUUCCUGAACCUCUGAGCGCCGGUGUGGCAGGACACCAGUCUACCCCGGAGUUUGGGCUAUCUUUUCCUGACGACUUCGGUUUCAACCUGGAGGGCGAUCCCAGCUACGGAGACACAAAAAUGGAUGGCUGUACGGACUCUCCCUUCUUCAGCAGCUCACAGCGCACAUUCUCAGCAUGCCCCACCGGGGCAACGGACGAGCCCAGCUGGCUGUUCACCAAUGCUGAUGGCGCACUGUCGCCGUCUGCGAUGGCGCCCAGCGAGGGCACCCACGCCGGCCAGACGUUCACGAACAUGUUUGACCUCGAAUUGGAUAACAAGGGGCAGCACCACAUGUCCAAGACCUUUAGCGACCUUGAGUCUCCCACGAGCGCCCUUCAGUUCAUCGAGGGGCUAGAUCCGCGCGGGACAGAAUCAGAUAUCAGGAUAGCGGGCGGCGGCGAAAAGAGGUCUUCGUCAUUCAGCGUGGUACUAGUUGCGGAGGAAUGUGACCAUGAGUUGGUCAAAUAUCUCAUCGAUGUCACCAAACCAAUCAAGGGAAGGGUAAAGAUGGAAGUUGUCAUGUGA